CUGACAUCUACAUUUUUGGCUCACCAGUCAGCUGUCUUUGCCUUUUCUUCUUUGGUUUAAAAUGGCUCCACCGGUACUCAAAAACGAGGAUUCAGAUUUGGCAGUGCGUGAGCCAGCGGCUAAAAAAUCAAAGAAAUCAAAUGGAAAGGCACAAGCAGUCAAAUCAGAGUCAUCGGAAUCAAUGUUCAUGACAGAAGCCACAACCGACGAGAACAUCUACCCAGACGCUACUUUUCAGAGUUACGAAGAGUUUGAUCAAAAGUUCAAUGUGUGGAAGGCGAAGAAUCUUCAUCCAUUCAGAGUGGCAUCGUCAGAGUCGUUGCGAACAGAAGAUGGAUCAAUCAGUGAAAAGUUCAAGUACAGAUAUGUCGUAUUCCAUUGUGCCAGAUACGGAGUUCCUAGAAUGAGAGGAGAAGGAAAGCGCCCAAACCAGAAUUACCUUCCAUGCUCGUGUACUGCGAUGAUCCGUCUCAACUUUCAAUUCCAUGAGCAAUGUCUCAGACUCACUUCUUUGGAGACCCGUCACUCAAAUCACACAAUUUGUAAGGAUCUUUAUGAGAAAAUGUGUGUGAAGGAGGAGAAACGGAAGCACGUGACACCAAGACGAACCAUGUCGGGACCAAAGUCUAGAUCAUCGUCAGUUGCCACGGCAGGAAAUGCUGACACUAGUUUAAUUUCCGAUAGAUCUAUCAAUGUGAAGAAGGAACCGUCUGAAGAAAGAGCUGAUUCGGAGCAUAGUCAUGGUCAGAGCCCAGUUGAUUUGCAUUAUGAGGUCACUAGGCCCUACGAAGUAUCUCCUUCAGCUCCUAUUUCGGAAAUUACUACACCAUUCGUUCUUCCGACACAAAAAGUUGGGCUUAACGAUUUGGUGCCAACGUCACAGUUCUCUCCAAUGGAUUACCAGUCCUUGCAAAAUCAGAUUAUCCUAAACCAAGUGAAACUCAACGCAAUGACCAAUAAUGUUUACAAUCCAUUUGGGAACUGGCCAGCAAGUUCAUUGGUUCCAACUCCAGCACCACCAUUCCUAACUCCAACUCCUUCCCAAGUGUCACCAGCACUUUCAUCUUCAGUAGAUGAGAAUGAAGCUCCAAAAAUAUUUCACUCACUCGAAGCAGUCCGUCCAAUUCCUCUUCGUCCCUCUCAAAACAGUGCUUUCUAUCAAAUGCUCAACUCCUCAUCAACUUCCCCGAUUAUUGCAGUCACUAAGGCGGAAGUUGAUUCGGUUCUUGGAGCAGCUUCCAGACUGCUUAAUGACAACCAUUUGCCAGAAGAUGUUCUUCACAGUCGCGUCAAACAGUUGAACGGGUUGAUUUCACAAUGGACGCACUCGUAGAGGUUUUGAAAAGGUUUAUGCAUUUUAAUAUCCUUUUGCAUUUCUCACAUCCUCAUAUUUUUUAUCAUUAAAAGACGUGGCUACCGUACGAGUUUCUUUUUGUAUUUUAUUUGUUUGUUUUUUGCUGAUUUUUAUCGAUUUAAUAAUAUCCACAUUAUCUCAUAAUUUAAUUUCGAAUUAUAAAACUAGCUUGAAAAAAUCAGCGGAAAACAAAAAAAUAUAAUCUUAGGCUUCUCUCACAUCAGCUAAAACACUCAUUCACAUACAAUUUUUCAACACUUGAAGUGUUUUCGUCUUAUAAAAAAAUUCUCUAAAUAUUACUUGCCCCUGAUUCAAUUAUUCAAGACAGCCCUUCCUAAAGCCCCUUCCAGAUUGUUGUAGUUCAGUUUUUUCCUUAAUUGUGUUCUCUAGUGAGAUCUCUAUUAAAAUAUUCAACCAAUCAUAAUCUAAAAAUGUCCAUAUACAUAUGAUCAUUAUUAGAUUACAUACAUGUGUUCAGGCGGACCCCUCGCCAUUUACCAUGACGCGCAAGAACGAUUCCCGGAAGUUUCGUAGGGCAAACUGCUAGCGUCCACCUGAAUACAUGUUCUCCUCUCUCUCUCCUCCGAUCCCCAUGCAUUUCCAGCCCGUCCAUGUUUUUCAUCCUCGAAAUCGGGUAGCAAUCGAUAUCAUUCCACAAAUUGUGCCUUGACUUUCUCUCCAAUAUUAUUACAAUAAAUAAUUUAAUAUCAAAAUCUCACA